AUGACUUCCAUCCUCUCAUCACCAACCGUAACAACAGUCCAGUCUGUCAAGACUGCCCCCGCCGCCCCUGCCUCACCACUGCUCGCCUCCCAGUACAAGCGCAAGACCAUGAGCAUCACGCAGACCUACUACCUGGCCCACAAGGCCCGCGGCAAGCUCUCCUCGGAGGCUGCCCGCCCCGACCACAACCUCCGCCUGCUCGUCGGCCACGCCAACCUCCUCGACUCCCUCAUGCUCGAGCUCGCCGAUGCCGAGCGGGAACAGGAGUCGUGGUUCAACCAGUCCGUGCGCGGCGCCUCCCCCAAGGCCGACGACCGCCACGUGCAGUGGGCCGACACCGUCGUCGAGGACCCCGAGGAGGACUGGCAGGCCGAGGACGCCGACUCGGACUCGUCUUCCGACUCGGACAGCGACAUCAGCGAGGACGAGGAGGACGACAUCGAGAUGGUCGAUGUCAUCCCCCUGACCCGGGUCCCGUCCAAGACCCUGGCCUCGCCCACCCCCAUCCUGGUGGACGACUUUGAGGACGACGACGAUGAGGAGGAGGACUUUGCGUCUCUGACCCUGACGAGAUCGCCGUCACACUCAGCACACCCGCCAGAGCUCGACCACGACUCGGACUUCUCAGAAGACGAGUCGAUGCCUCCUUCACCGCCCACCACCGUCCUGCCUACCUUCUCCGGCAAGCAGGAGCAAGAAGUCACGGUAUCAGAAAAGACCUUCUACGACGACGGAUAUUACCUACCGGCCCGAAAUCCCGCGAGGCUGGUCUCGGCGAUAUCAGUGUACUAG